AUGGAAGCCGGUCCGUCUCGUCCUUUGGGACCGAUCGCGUCGACCUCCACUUCGACUUCGACACUGAGCUCAAGCCUGAAUGGCGGAGCCGAGGUUUCGACGACAGCCACCGCGACGACGACAGGACGGGAUCUGGCGUCGGUGCUCAUUGCGCCUUCUAGUCAGUUGAAGAUUUGUUGUGCGAAAGUGAAAUUGGGCAAAAGCUGAUGCGGAAUCUCGUACGAUGAAACCAGAUAUGACGCCUUCUCCUCUUAGCGGUUCACGCGACCUGAUCAGCCUCUUCCACCUCGAACCAUUGUACGACACCCAUCUACGACCUUUUCUUCCUCCAGACACCACCUCAACAGGUCCCAACAACUCCACAACAUCAGAUCCCAACACCCCCAACCCGAUCCAUAACAACGGGAAAGGCAAACAAUCCCUGGUCGUCGACCCAGCACCGUCGAGGAUCGGCAUCUCGUUCGGUGGGAUCAAAUUGGGUGCAUUAGCGCCUGGUGCAUUGAAUGGCUCGGGUAAUGAUGGGAAACAAGGCCAUACGACUCAGCAGCAGCAGAGGCAGCACAAGCCGGAAAAAGAGAAGACGUAUUUGUACCUCGUCGCCGAUAUCCCAGGUUCGUCAUUCGGAGUCGGAGGUCAUCGUUCCGUUCCCCAGAGACCUGAUCGUCCGUGUGGGGAUUUUCAAUAGGUCGGAACGCGAUCCGUAAAGAUUCGUACCUCAAACAUUUGAUCCUCAACCCCGAUUCACCCGCCGUCGAUCUCCGAGCGUUGGACGAGGACGUUCUGAGGGAUGCGUUCACUUUGAAACCUGGCACGAUUCCUGGUUUCGACGCGUUGGUGUGGGAGAAUGAUACGGAAGUACAGGGCGGACCGGUGAAUAAGAAAAAGGUGCGGAUAGGGACCACGCUUCUGCUGCUGGAACAAAGGAGAACUGAUGCACGCGAUGGGUUCGACUAUACAGAAGAAGAAAAGACAGAGGGAAUCCGAAGCCGGUGGAAGUGGAAGUGGCGGUGGAGGUGGGGGCAAUGUUGUGACGCUUACGGCGACGGGGAUGACACUCAAUUUAUCGGGAACGACGAAUACAAGCGAGGAUGAUCACCGCAAGAAGAAAAAGCUGAAACAGGGAUGA